UUUGUUUCCUGUUUCGGGGUAAAACUCCAUGCAGCGGAGAGUUGGUACCAAUUCGUCUCUUCGGCAUGCAAAGGAUCAUGCGUGUCGGCGUAAGCGUUGUCUUCGAAGCGUAGGGCAGACGUUUUCUUGGAAUGGUGUUCAUUUUCUCAUGAACUCGAAGUUCAUUGAACGGUUUUGUCGCAUCCACUUCGUAUCCCGGAGACUCUGUGGCUAGUUCCAUUUGUCAGCGUUUCGCCGUCGGAGCAUGUGCACGGUUUCGUUCGUACCCAAGCGUUCGCUGCCAGCUUUGGACGUCCCGUUUCGUUGAAAACUGUUCACUGGGUGUUUCUGCUAACGGAGUCGGCCGCAGAGGAUCCCUCCUCCCGGUGUUUGUGUCUGUGGUGAAUCCUGCCCGGUUUCGUCCUGCCCAGAUUCUCUGUGUGGCUGCACAAAAUGUUCGACACCCUCAAAGAGGCAGCCCGGUGGCCGUCGCGGGCUUUGCUGUCCUUUCCUCGAGUCUUUCUGGCUUUUCUCGCUGGCUCAUCUGCCCCGACUGUGCUCGCUUGUGCCCUGUCUCUGCUCUUUGUCGUUUUCGUCACCCAUGGCACAUGCGGCUCUGCCGAGAGCCUCGCGCCGCACCUCGCGCCGCCGCCGCCGAAGCUCUGUUACCCUCCGAGUGUCUCGCUUUACUGGAUUGCGGUUUCCACUUGUCUCUGGUUUGUCGUGGCGACUCUACCAGUUCACAGAAUUCCGCUUUGCUUUGUUCCCGCGCUCGCUCGUGACCGGGUGCUCCGGCAGGUGGCUGACGCUCGACGAACCCUCGCAGCGGCGGACGGGGAAGCCGACAAAAAGCAAAGAGAAGAAGCCAAGGAGUUCCUUCUGGCCGUCAGAAACAGAAGUGUGGGUUUCUUAAACGCAGUCGUUGUUUCCCUUCUCUCGUUCGCUUGCGUGACGCUCGACAGGAAACUCAUCGAUGACAAGUUCUUUGGAUGCUCGCCGCUCUUCGCUGUCACUGGCUUCACUCUCGUGGGCUACUUCGUCUGGGAUUUCGUUGUCAUUGUCUGGAACUGGAGUCCGGGCGCGCCCCAGUGGCUCCUGCACUGCGUCGUGUGUAUCUUUACAGUGGCGAAUCCGUUUAUUGUUCUCCCGGGAGAGCCGCCGAUGUCUUUCUACGCUGCCAGUCUGAUUCUCUUCGAGCUCAGCACUCCGUUCCUCGCGCUCCGCUACUUCAUGCUGCGAGCGUACGUCUUCCAUCCGAAGAGUCCCGAAGAACUCUGUGAGCAAAAGGAUGGGCGAGACGGCGCCCCGAAGCUCCCGCUCGCGUACACAUUUGUUUCUGUCGCAUUCGCGGUAGUCUUUUUCUCUGUGCGCAUCGUCUGGGGUCUCGGCUGGCUCAUCCCUUCCCUCGCGGUGGCCGUCUGGACUGGCGAGGGCGCCUUCUUCAGGCCCUGGCGCCGGUACCUCUUCUACGUCAGCAUACCUCUCUUCGCUGCCCUCAACCUCUACUGGAUGUACAUGAUUGUCGCCUCUGUUCUCUUCUCGAAGCGCAAAAAGAAGGACUAACGCAGAAAAGUGACGAGAAUGCAAAGUGCGGAGAGCCCCCUUCUCUGUCUGGACGGCGAAUGCGGAAAGUGUAAAGGGGGGCACAAGAUUUUGAAGAUUUUGACGUCUCAUCUGUAUUCCGAAACGCGAGAGUCGCCACAGGAUUGUUUUACUAACGCUGGUCGCUUUUCCAAGCGGCUAGUAGUGUGCAGGAGCGCCCAAGUGUUCUAGCAGAGCACCUCUGUACUGUAAAGACAUUGUCAAUGCAAAGCAUGCAGGAACGGUCUCGAGCUUUUAAUGUCAGAGUUACAUUGUGAAUCCGCGCGCGUGCGAAAAAGCGCUUUAGGAGUCUAGACUGAGAGGUGGCGUUUCAGAGAAGUUGCUACGAAGGCAGAACAGCGGAAGGCUAAAUGUUGUAAUA